AUGGAUGACAAACCUGGGGUCCUCAUAUCUACUCCAAUGGAUGACAAACCUGGGGUCCUCAAAUCUACUCCAAUGGGUGACAAACCUGGGGUCCUCAAAUCUACUCCAAUGGGUGACAAACCUGGGGUCCUCAUAUCUACUCCAAUGGGUGACAAACCUGGGGUCCUCAAAUCUACUCCAAUGGGUGACAAACCUGGGGUCCUCAUAUCUACUCCAAUGGAUGACAAACCUGGGGUCCUCAUAUCUACUCCAAUGGGUGACAAACCUGGGGUCCUCAUAUCUACUUCAGUGGGUGACAAACCUGGGGUCCUCAUAUCUACUUCAGUGGGUGACAAACCUGGGGUCCUCAUAUCUACUUCAGUGGGUGACAAACCUGGGGUCCUCAUAUCUACUCCAAUGGGUGACAAACCUGGGGUCCUCAUAUCUACUCCAAUGGAUGACAAACCUGGGGUCCUCAUAUCUACUCCAAUGGAUGACAAACCUGGGGUCCUCAAAUCUACUCCAAUGGGUGACAAACCUGGGGUCCUCAAAUCUACUUCAGUGGGUGGUUAA